GCUGUGCAGCGCUCUGCCGGCCGGCCAGGCGGGGCAGGCGGCGGCGGCGGCGGCGGAAUGGCCGAGUUGGGCGGCGGGGUCCGCGAGCGCAUCCUCUGCCUCUUUGAUGUGGACGGGACGCUCACGCCGGCUCGCCAGAAAGUUGAGCCGGAGGUGGAUAAGUUCCUGCAGGAGCUGCGUGGCAGAGUCAAGAUUGGCGUAGUGGGUGGCUCCGACUACUCCAAGAUAGCCGAACAGUUGGGAGAAGGGGACGAAGUCAUCAAGAAAUUUGAUUACGUCUUUGCAGAGAAUGGUACUGUGCAGUACAAGAAUGGGCAGCUGGUCUCCAAGCAGGCUAUCCAGGACCACCUGGGGGAGGAGCUGCUGCAGGAACUAAUCAACUUCUGUCUCAAUUACAUGGCACUUCUAAAGCUGCCCAAGAAACGAGGGACCUUCAUUGAGUUCCGCAACGGGAUGCUGAACAUCUCGCCCAUUGGCCGGAGUUGCACCCCAGAGGAGCGAAUCGAAUUCUCUGAGCUAGACAAGAAAGAGCGGAUCCGAGAGAAGUUUGUGGCAGCCUUGAAGACAGAGUUUGCUGGCAAAGGCCUGCGGUUCUCUCGAGGUGGCAUGAUCAGCUUUGAUGUCUUCCCAGAGGGUUGGGACAAGCGCUACUGCCUCAACGUUCUUGAUGAUGAGAGUUUUGACACCAUCCACUUCUUUGGGAACGAGACAACCCCUGGAGGGAAUGAUUAUGAGAUAUAUGAUGACCCACGGACAGUGGGGCAUAGCGUCCGGUCUCCCCAGGACACAGUCCAGAGAUGCCGUGAGAUCUUCUUUCCAGAAAGAGCCAAUGAAUGUUGACUCCUGUACCCCUUUGGAUCUUCCCCAGUACCCAUCACCAACCUCCAAGAUCCCACAUUGUGAAAAGCACCUUCAUUUGAGGA